UAACGGUUCAAACGGAGAUAGUGAAGUGCAAACAGGAACAAAAUCAUGACAAAAUUUGCAAUAAUUUUAAUCCUGCUCGGUACAGCGACCGUAUUGUGGCAACAAACUGAAGCAAAACCAUUAUUUUUCUUGCAAAAAAACUUCUUCGUCCUAACAACUAGAGCACCAUCCUCUGACAGCCGAUCAUCAUCCUCUUCAUCCUCCUUCUCCGCAUCCCCUUCUGGUGGUCUACUCAGUGGCUCAGGAGGCAUUAUCAGCAGCAAGCUGGGCUUGUUUACUGGCCUUCUCUCCGGCUUUGGUGGAGGCGGCGGACUUGGUUUCGCCAAUAAGUUCAAUGCAGGCACUACCACCCGCAGACCAAGAAGACCGAAAAAAACCACAACAACCACAGAGCCUAAUACCGUUUUUACACCGGAUACAACCACACAAGCAGUUACUACAACUACAAUCACAUCUAGUACUACAAAUGCUCCUCUAACAACUGGUUACUCAUAUGCCUCGUCAACCACAACCGAGACGCUCGAGAGUACAACAACCGAAGCCACGACAAUCGAUGUAAAGCCCACCGUAGUUGCGCAGCGACCGGCCGUCAUUGCGUCAGCUAAGGAGGGCGAAAGUGUUGCCAGCUCAAACAAUGUCAAUAGCGGAUUUGAGGUUAUUUACGAGAAUAAACAAGGCGAUGAUAAGCAAAGUGGUGCAGCCCUGACGAGUAGCAUCGAUACUGAUGCGCGCGGUGGGGAUGUGAAUGCCGGUGGUGAUGCGGGCAGUAGCAGUAAUGUAAACAGUGGUUAUGAAGUUAUUUAUGCGAAUAAAAAUGACGGAAGCGAAAAUGGCGGUGAGGUGACAAGCAUUGCCUCGAACUUUGGCAGCAUUGGUGGUUCCAUUGGUGUUGCCUCUGGCUCAAUUGGUGGUUCUGCUUCGGCAGGAGGUUUUGGCUCUCUAGAAAGUUCUCUCUCUUUAGGAGGUUCUUCCUCUCUUGGUGGUUUCGGUGCUACAAGUGGUACAAAAACCAACUCUGGCACUAACUCUGCUGAGGGCGGCUUUGAAGUUAUUUAUACCAAUAAUAAAGAUGAAAGUGACAAUGUGACACCAGUGAAAAGUGUUUCCUCUACAGCUAGCUUUGGCUCUGGUAAUGUUGGUGGCACCAUCUCACUUGCGGGCGUUGGUGGUACUAAAACGGCAAACGCUGAUUUCGAGCUUACUACCCGAGGUGGCUACAGCGAUGAUGGCUAUGAUUAUAAAAAGCCACAGAAUACAAGACUGAAUGAGAUUUCGAGUGGAAACUUAAGCAAGAAGUAUUUGCCAGCACAACUGAGAUAGAGAGCACAACGA